AAAAUAAUGAGUAAGAAUUUGACCAGAUCACGGCUUCUUAGGGUUUUCUUUUUAUAUAUACACAUGUAUUCAUGGGGGAAACUCGAUUGGAGUUUGCUUGCAAGGUAAGAAAAAAAGAACCCAUCAAAUACUGAAAAAAAAAAAAAAAAAGCAUUAUGGAAGUAUUGCAGCAAAUUCCAAAAGCUGACAUGUCAACCUCUAAAUAAGUAGAUUGGAUUCACCAGGAAAGUCGCGUGAGCAAAAGAAAAAAAAGAAAAUCUAUAAGGAAGAGAAAUAAAGAAGGGAGCAGUGCACCACCGUAAACACAUCCCUCUUUCAUUCCCCUUCUUCUCUCCAACGCUAAAGUCUAUAAUCUUUCUCUCUCUCUCUCUUUCUAAACAUAGAACAAUCCCCUUCCCCUAUAUUCUCUCUUUACUCCCUCAAAUUAUUCAUAUCUAUCCAAUUUCUCAACAACUUAGAUCCGAUCCAAUCUCCCCAAAAUGUCGUCCCCCUCGCCUCCAAUCCUCCCUAUCUCCAACCCCCAACCGACCACCACCACCACCUCCUCCCAACCUCCCAUCGCCACCCCAGCCUUCCGCGCAUUCAUCAACCAUAUCUCUGACUCAGUCCGCAACGGCCUUUCACAGCGCCGCCCAUGGGCCGAACUAGCGGACCGCUCCGCAUUCUCCAAACCGGAAUCAUUCUCGGAAGCAGCCCUCCGCGUGCGCAAAAACUAUUCAUAUUUCCGCGUGAAUUAUCUCUCCGUAAUUGGCUUAAUCUUAGCUUUCUCUUUGCUCUCACAUCCUUUGUCUCUCUUGCUCCUUCUUGGACUCCUUUCGUCGUGGCUUUUUCUUUACCUUUUCCGUCCCUCUGACCAGCCUCUUGUUCUCUUCGGCCGUACUUUUUCAGAUCGGGAAACCCUGGGACUUCUGAUUGUUUUCAGCGUUGUUGUUGUUUUUCUUACUAGUGUUGGAUCUGUGCUUAUUUCCGCUCUUAUGGUUGGAUUGGCUAUUGUAUUUGCUCACGGUGCUUUUAGGGUUCCUGAAGAUCUUUUCUUGGAUGAUCAAGAACCUGCUGCUGCUACUGGUUUCCUUUCUUUCCUUGGUGGUGCCGCCUCUAAUGCCGCUGCCGCCGCUGCUCCUGCUGUCGUUGCCGCACGCGUGUAAUUCAAUGUUCUGCAUGAAUCUUUUGAUAACUUUUGCAUUGGAUUCUAUGUUCUGUUUCAUGAAUCUAUUUUGAAUGUUCUUUAGGAUGUAAGUUUAGAUGAUACAAGUUGUAACUGAUUUUACGUUUACAUAUCAUUACAAUAAAAUUAUUUCUUUCUUUUUCUCUAAA